ACACAACACCCAUGACAUCCUCAACGGCAGCUCUUAUCAUUUCCACCGUCUCGCCGUCGUUCUCAGUCGCCGCAGCCCGACUUUUCCUUAUUAUUCGGCCCCGCCGCUGUUACUCCUGCCUAUCUCCCUCAGAGUCUCCCUUUCAUUGACAUGGACACCACCCAGUACAAGCUGUCUCUCCCAUCGUCGACCGCGACAUUCCGUGCCAAUCGAUAUAAACCACGACACCGUAUCCCCACGCAUGCUGGCACUCCUGGUCUCGUUCUGGUGUGCGCCCAUGGCAUUCCUGGUGUCAAGGAAAUGUACGAGCCCAUCUUGCUACGUCUUUUCGCGCACGACGAGCACAAUCGCCUUGCCGGAUCGCCACUACAGAUUAUCGAGGCCUGGUCAGUGGACGCUCCUGAAGACAGAGACUCGGAUACGAUGACAUACGCUCACGCCCUCGCUGCCCUUCGACAAAGCAUAUUCCUAUCCCAUGUUGAUGCAUAUGGCGGGAUGCACCGCGUCAUUCUGAUUGGUUGGGGAGACGGCGCGAAUGCUUGCCUUCUCUCAUCAGACUUUUUCCCACCAGAAGAUCCAUCGCCCUACGAGGGGAUGGUUCUCGUUGAUCCUGCUAUCUACGACGAAGGCGACGCGCCUCCUGCUCCCGUCCAUUCGGAACUGGAAUGGGAUUCACCCGACGACGCGCGCGUAUACCUUUCUUCACAUAAGCCAUGGGCCAAAUGGGACACAUGGAUGAGAGAGAUCUUUGUCGUACGCAUCGGAACAAGCCGAUACACGCUAAAUCACUAACGAUAAAGCAGAAGAACUCUCUGAUACGUCUCUCCGACAAUGGCGUGGCACUGAAAGGCCCAUACCAGCCUGGAAAAUAUUCCUCCGCCCCCCUUUCUUUCCUCCCAUGUCAUGCGCCAUUCUCAUGGGUCGUUUGGAGUGAGGUGCA